GCGGCGGCGACGGCCAUAUCCCUUGUAUUCUGCUCUAUGCUCAUUUUUCUGCACCCUCAUACCAUUGUCGAGCCUCGUCAGUCAUGAGUGCAUUUGGUCUGCCGGAGGGGGCGGUGUUCCACCAGCCAGAAACUCAAGACUUGACAUGUUCGCCCGGAAGCGGGAUGGACAUACCAAUCGACCCUGCUCUGAGUGAGCCCCAACUUGACCCUGCCUUGUUGAUGCAAAGUGCGGGAGCUACAAAUCUAGAGGCCAUUUGCCCUCCUAUGUCCAUGCAUCAAAAUCUCGUUUCCCAGCAGAGGCAGUACUCGCAAGGACCACAGGGUGAUCCCUUUGCGCCACAACCUCCUGCGUUCAUCACAAUCGAGGGGCCCAGACCAUUACCUCCCAAGCCGGCCAAAAAGAAGCGUACUCCUCGUCGCGAGGAGGAGUGUGGGUUCUGCCAGGGAAAUGAUUCCAAGAACAAGAAGACUGGACAGCCAGAGCUGAUGGUUAGUUGCUCGGAGUGUGGUCGCAGCGCUCAUCCAGGCUGUCUUGGACUAUCUAACAUCGGGGAUCACAUGCGCUCUUAUGCCUGGACUUGCCCUAAUUGCAAGAAGUGUGAGGUCUGCCAUGCGGAAGAGGGCGAUUUCAGAAUGAUUAUAUGUGACUUCUGCGACAGAGGCUGGCACAUGGACUGUCUACAGCCUCCUCUUGCAAAAGCACCUCCAGGGACAUGGCACUGUCCUUUAUGUCCACAGUUAAUGGUACCUGAGCAAAUAUACCCGAUGAAGAGGCAGCAAGAGUUUCAGCUCCCCGGACCCGAGCCAAUAUCACAACAUCCACACUAUUUGACCAAGAUUCUUCCAGAGCCUGGCGCGACUUUCCACGAAUCCUCCGUGGCCUCAUCCUCUCGAAUGGUUAACGGCACAGCGCCAGACACGGUCGGGACAACCGACAGCGCGGACGUUGAUAUUGACUGCGAAGUGCCCUACAAAGCGGCGAACCAGAAAGGCAAGAAAAGGAAUCGCUCGAAAGGGAGGACACUUUCACAAGAUGCGAACGAGCUGGAAGAUCCAGAUGAAACCUCCGCAGCGGCACUUCCUCACAAACGGAUGCGUCUUCGGCUGUCUUCCCCGGUCGCGACUCCCUCAUCCCCACCACCGCCAAAAACGGUCAUCCGCUUGCGUCUGCCGGCGCGCGACAAAGGAAAAGCUCGCGAGGAAGAUCCGCCAGAUGAGGCUGUGGGCAUGUUUGACGAGAUUCUCAGUGAGAAGGACCGAAGCGUCAAGGAAACGUCUAUCGUCGCUCAAGACAAGCAACGUUUCGAAAGGAGUCUCAUCGCUGCCGAGGAGAAGCUGCACCCACCCCCACCGCCUCCUGAGGUCUCUGAUACAGGAGAAGCCGGCCCUUCCACCCGCCCGCUGCGUUCCUCCACGCAUCGUCCGCCACCCUCAUCAGCGGUAUCGGGACCAGCCAGGUCUGAAUCGCCUCCUCGGUCGACUCCCGCGCCCUUGAUGCAGAAGCUGCCCGAUGGACCGCGCAUUCGACGGAUCCGUUUUGGAGACUACGACAUCGAGACGUGGUACGAUGCUCCUUUUCCGGAGGAAUAUGCCAAUAUACCCGAAGGUCGGCUGUGGUACUGUGAGUUUUGCCUCAAGUACAUGAGGAGCAAGUUUAUGGCGGGGCGGCACCAGUUGAAAUGCAAGAUGAGACAUCCUCCAGGCGAUGAGAUUUACCGCGACGGAGCAAUAUCCAUCUUCGAGGUGGAUGGGCGUAGAAACAAAAUCUAUUGUCAGAAUCUGUGUCUACUCUCGAAGAUGUUUCUGGACCACAAGUCAUUAUUUUACGACGUGGAGCCGUUCUUAUUCUAUGUCGUCACAGAAUUCGACGACGUCGGUUCCCGGUUCAUAGGAUACUUCAGCAAAGAGAAGCGGAGCCCGAAGGACUACAAUGUCAGCUGUAUAAUGACAUUGCCGGUCCGGCAACGGCAAGGAUGGGGGCAAUUGUUGAUAGACUUCAGUUAUCUACUGUCUAAGAAGGAACAGAGGGCGGGAUCACCUGAGAAACCGCUCUCUCCUCUUGGCGCACUGGGGUACAGGAGUUACUGGACAUUCGCCCUCAUGCGAUAUUUCCGGACAGCCCCUCCGAACCCUCGCAUAGAAGACAUCAGUGCUGCGACCUCUAUGACAACAGAGGACAUAUACAAUACCCUGAUGCAGCUCAAACUCAUUCGGGUGGAUGACAACGCGCUGCGGCCCAAGCCAUUGCCUGGUCAGGCAAUCAAGUUCCCGAAAGGUCGCAAGAACGGAGUCGCAAGGAAGCACCUUCAGCGUAACCAGACACAGGAUGAUGAGAAGGUCAAAGGGCCCUUCGUCGCUCCGAUCAAGUAUGAGAUACGAUGGGACCCCAUUCAGGUAGAGGAGUAUAUGGCGAAAUGGGAGGCCAAAAAUUACAUUACGCUCAAACCGGAGAAGCUGAAAUGGAGUCCGUUCAUUGUAGCAAGGACGGGAAAGACAGACCAGCUGCCAUCUGACGACAUGGCGAACGGCCGAGCCGCCAGCACUCAGUCGCACGAUCUGACGAACGUUGAGCCAGAGGGCACGCCAGCCCGUACAGCGCCAGUGACUCCCCGAUCUGGUGCACCGAUAGACACCCGGGAGACAAGCGUUAUGGCGACGAAGUCCCCGGCAUUCUCGCUGUUUGAUGAUGACAAUGUGAUAACUAUUUCCUCGUCCCGCAACUCCUCAACACGAGACCAACCCGAAGCAGAGACUGCGCACUCCCCAGGCCGAAGCGCGGCCUCGAUUUCGGUCCCCAACCCAGCAUCGGAACUCGCGCCGGAAUCAGUGCAGGAGCCGGCGCCAGUAAAGUCGCCAGAAGAUGAGCAGGUCGAACGCGACCGCGCGCUAGCGGAGGAGCUUGCGCGGACACUGUUUUCACCGAGUCGGCGGCUACGUAGCAGCGCUGCGACCGACGUCCGUUCGCCAGUGGAAAGACGACGGACGCUCCGUGACGAGGUCUCGACGCGUAAGAGCAAACCUGCUGCAGGGCGGCGGACUCCCGGACACGGGGCCACGGGCAAGCAGGCGCGAGGGAAUGUCGGCGAUAGCGCGGGCAUGGUGGGUGAGGACGAGGAUGCAGCACUUGCUGCGAGACUUGCACGCGAGGAAGAGCAGCGACUACGUCAGCUGCGCUCGAGACCGGCCACCGACCGUCGGGAGGCGAAACGCUCGAGGCCAUCCUCGAGGUCAGCGUCUCCACGCAAGCGAAGGCGCAUAGACUCGUCGCCCGAGGUGGAACACCGGCCCACGCCGCCUCCCCCUCCGACUCGACGGAACUUUCGUCGCACCCUGAACGAUGCAGCGCUUCUUGCUGAAAGCCGGGACCUUGGCGAGUUAACACGUGUGGUGAACGGUGACGGGGUACCGCUGCAUGCCAGCCCUUCACCAAUCUCUUCAAGUGACACAAAUGUGACGGAUAACCAUCCAGCCUACCAGGGGUUCGGUCGUGCAUUGACUUCUCCGAAUAUCGAGACGUCUGCCCCGGCGAAUGCGAGCAAUAACGGACAAAGCUGCAGCAGCACAACGCAAGCGCAGGAGCCGGAGGUUAUCGAGGAUUUGAAGUACGAGGAUGCAGGCACGCCCCUUACAAUCAAUACUAGUCGUCACAGCGUUCCCAGCGAUGAUACGGUAUGUGUUACGGAAGACCACGCACGCGACUUCAGUAAAGCAUCUCCGGGUGGACCAGCGAUCGAGAUUCAUCCUCUCCAGCCUCUCAAGCCAGAAGUUACUGGGGCGGUGCCGAUCGAAGUCAACCGAGAGGUGGAGGAAGAUGCGGAGGGAGAAGAGGACGCAGACGCCGAGGGUGAGCUGGACAUGGAUGGGUAGCGUGGCUUUUUGGUUUGUUUUCAUUCUGUUGUUGUUCCUGGAACCUGUUUGUGUAUAGAAAUUGUACUGUAGCUUGCUCGCGUGAUGGUCCUCAUGCUGGCUCUGUUCGGUUAACGGUCCGAUAAGGCAGGAAACCUUAUUCAAUUCUUGAGGACAUGCGGUCUUCCCUUUUUCAAGUCUAUCUCACAGUGGAUGAUUUCGGUAUAAGUAC